AUGACUUCUCAAGCAGCCGACAAAACGUCAAUCGAAACACGUUACCGCGAAUACUGCGAUGCAUGCCAAAGCGGACAACUGCAACGCCUCACAGAAUUCUGGUCUCUUCCAGCACAAUUUACAGUCGACUUCGGCGGCCCUGAUACAGUCCGCAAAAUAGUCAAAGACCCAGCAGAGCUUGAGAAGUUAUACAGCACCGAGUUCGGUCCAUCCACUGGCGUUGAUAAAACAACCAUCGAUACAUCAGAAGUCACUUUCUUCGGCGAAAGGCUGGCGACGAUUGAGACGACACUUCGGCAUACGGUGAAGGGUACUUUACAUGAUCGGCAGCAUGCGACACACCCGGAACUCUACCAUGGCGGCUAUGUCGCGCAGUUUGUGGAGAAACACGUCUCGAUUCCCGUCUCGAUUCCGAAGAAGCAGGUAGAUGCUCUUGAGGAGAAGGCCAAGCGGAAUGAAGUCACUGGGUUCUCGCAGGACGAUAUGCCAAAAGCGAAUUCGAAGACACCUGCUCUGCCGCCUGCGUGGCGAGAGACGACUUCUGCAGAGAUGAAUUACAAGUUUCCCGAUGAGGCCAUUGUGGGCUCCAAGUCCGAAGAACUUAGACCGGGCAAGCUGUACCUUGAUGAAAGAAUGACUCUAUUCCUCUCCACGGCCGAACCAGAAGCUGUUCGUGGACGACCACUCUGUUUCUUCAACCUCUUCAAGUACGCCAAAGGAGACCGUGCGGUCCAUGAUUCAUACAUGAACGGCUUCAAAGACAGGUUUGGUCCCGAUGCUGGGGCUGAGAUCAAUUUCACGGGUCCUGUAAAGGACAAGCUGAGUAUGACUGGCGAUCGCGAAGACGUUGGAGAAGGAGGAUGGGAUGACGCCAACCUGGUGCAGUAG